GAUGCGGGUGUGGGCUCCCCACGCGCGGGCUGCGCCCCGGUUCUCGCGCCGGGCCCCGUCUUCCCCACUCCCAGGUUGUGAGGUCGCAACAGGGAAGUGGCGUGGCCGCCAUUGUCGCAGCUGCUCCGGAAUAAGGAGGCGGCUGCGGCUGCUUAUAUCUGGCUUGCCCCUGAUCAGACUUGCUCUGAUCUGAAGAUAUUGGUGUUUUAAGGCAUUAAGAAAGUAGCCUGAACUGUUCAUGGAGUUUUUCAUCAGUAUGUCUGAAACCAUAAAGUAUAAUGACGAUGAUCAUAAAACGCUGUUUCUGAAAACGCUCAAUGAGCAGCGCCUGGAGGGGGAGUUUUGUGAUAUCGCGAUCGUGGUUGAGGAUGUAAAGUUCAGAGCCCACCGCUGUGUUCUUGCCGCCUGCAGCACUUACUUUAAAAAGCUUUUCAAGAAGCUGGAAGUGGAUAGCUCUUCGGUCAUCGAGAUAGAUUUCCUCCGGUCGGACAUAUUCGAGGAGGUCCUGAACUACAUGUACACGGCGAAGAUCUCCGUGAAGAAGGAGGAUGUCAACCUCAUGAUGUCGUCGGGCCAGAUCCUCGGCAUCCGCUUUCUGGAUAAACUCUGCUCCCAGAAGCGCGACGUGUCCAGCCCGGAUGAAAGCAACGGCCAGUCGAAGAGUAAGUACUGCCUCAAGUUAAACCGCCCCAUCGGAGAUGCGGCCGACGCCCAGGAGGAUGACGUGGAGGAGAUCGGGGACCAGGAUGACAGCCCCUCGGACGACACGGUGGAAGGCACGCCGCCGAGCCAGGAGGACGGCAAGUCCCCGACGACCACUCUGCGGGUUCAGGAAGCCAUCCUGAAAGAGCUGGGCAGCGAGGAGGUCCGCAAGGUGAACUGCUACGGCCAGGAGGUAGAGUCCAUGGAGACUCCCGAGUCCAAAGACCUGGGGUCCCAGACCCCUCAGGCCUUGACGUUCAACGACGGCAUGGGCGAAGUGAAGGACGAGCAGACCCCCGGCUGGACGACGGCGGCCAGCGACAUGAAGUUCGAAUAUUUGCUCUACGGCCACCACCGGGAGCAGAUCGCGUGCCAGGCGUGCGGUAAGACGUUCUCGGACGAGGGCCGCCUGCGGAAGCACGAGAAGCUGCACACGGCCGACCGGCCGUUCGUCUGCGAGAUGUGCACGAAAGGCUUCACCACGCAGGCCCACCUGAAAGAGCACCUGAAAAUCCACACGGGCUACAAGCCCUACAGCUGCGAGGUGUGCGGCAAGUCCUUCAUCCGCGCCCCGGACCUCAAGAAGCACGAGAGGGUGCACAGCAACGAGCGGCCGUUCGCCUGCCACAUGUGCGACAAGGCCUUCAAGCACAAGUCCCACCUCAAGGACCACGAGAGGAGGCACCGAGGGGAGAAGCCCUUCGUGUGCGGCUCCUGCACCAAGGCCUUCGCCAAGGCCUCGGACCUGAAGAGGCACGAGAACAACAUGCACAGCGACAGGAAGCAUGUCACCCCCAGCGCCAUGCAGAGUGAGACAGAGCAGCUGCAGGCCGCCGCCAUGGCCGCUGAGGCGGAGCAGCAGCUGGAGACCAUCGCCUGUAGCUAGAGGGGCCGGGCUCAGGGACGCUUGGGCCUGGGGCGUAGGGGGGGUAUGCUGAGGUUGCGUC